GUAACUCCCCGGAGCAGAUAUGAAUGGGCCUCACAUCCGCACAAAGCAACAUAAACGCUCCCAUAAAGGCGAAUUUAUGUUGUCCCUCUGACUCUGCCAGUAACUUUUGGUUCUUUAAAGACAGUUCUGAUAUCAGAGGUAAAUGGUGAACCGCAUUCAAGUAGUAAACCCUACCAUGCUGACACAUCCUGAAGAAGGCACCCUAUGCACCGUAAACAGGGAUGACAACACAAGCCUUCUUCUUCUUCUAAUGGGCCGCUACAUAUUUAUAAGAGCAGGGGUGAAUAAUGCAAAGCUUGACCUAGGGUCUAUAAAGGACACCAGGGACCCCCUUUUGCAUCAGGAAACCCCCUCUCUUCCACUCACAGCUAUGUGGCAUAGCCUUUGUAGGGUCAGGGCAGGCUCCCCAACAGCGCCUGUAAUGGGGUUAUAUUUACACCUCUUGCCUCCAGUUUAAUAUGGCACUGGUUUGGAUGUCCUGGCUCUAAUGAAAUGUAAAAGGUUUGGCUUUCAGGGCCACUACAAUGACUUGGCCAUAUAAAGCUGUGCCUCCUGGUAAUUGCACUUACAAUAAAGCCUAAAGGAUUCAUUAGAAUGAGCAGUGUCCCCAUGAAACAUCUCAAAUGGCCCAUAGAAGAGUCCAACAUGGUCCCCUGGAGCACUAGCAAAGGUUCUUUCCCUGCAGUACAUCAUUAAAGUCCGUCACAGACAGCUAUAUCAACGCCCACAUACAGCCCUCACAGCACUUCUCUCUCAGCCUAAGAAUCUUCAAUUCAAUGGGGAAUUAGAACCCGCUGCUCCCCCUGGACAAUAGUCAUCAGAUGCUGGGAGUUGUAGUCCACUACAUUUGAAAAAGCCGCAGUGUGAAGACUCCCUCAGCGCAACUCCACCCUAGCCACCAUCUUCCCUCAGCAAAGGCAUAGCCGGCGAGGAAGAGACGCCGCUUCUGAUUGGCCCAGGCCGCGGGUUCUUGCAGUGUCGCUGGCUCUUAUUGGUGAAAAAGGAAUGUUGGCGUUGUGUCGUGAUUUGCGAUUGGUAGCAGUAAAGGAAAGGCAGUGACUACGCUUCUCCCCCCGCAUCAUUCCUCCUCCUCCCCCCGCUGUGUGACUGUGUCUCUGGCGGUGUCAAUGGCUCCUCCUGCCGCGGACAGACGGGGCUUACGGGAGGGGAUCUUAUCGGGGCUACUGUGAGAAGAGCUCCACGCUACCGGCUGUGAGAAGACGGGGAUUGAAGAAGGAGGAAGACUAACGACAAAGAAACGCAGGGAGGGGGCGGAGUUGUGAGCGGGUCGCGCAUUCACUCACUCCCCGCACCCGCUUGGCACCGACACAGGCGCACGGACAGGGCGAGCCCAACAACUAGGAGCCCGGUGUGCGGCCCUCAUCCGACAGUCAGCAAAUGAACUCGGUCAGAGCAGCGAACAGGAGACCCAGGCGAGUGUCGAGGCCGCGCCCGGUGCAGCCGGAUAGAAACAACGCCGGGGAACGGGAUGAAGUGCCUGCAGACAUGGUUGCAGAAGAAUCAGGUCCUGGUGCACAGAAUAGUCCAUAUCAACUCCGCAGAAAAACUCUUGUCCCCAAAAGAACCGCUUGUCCAGCAAAAAGCAGCAUGGAGGGUGCUUCUACUUCAGCAACUGAAAACUUUGGCCACAGAGCGAAACGUGCCAGGGUAUCUGGAAAAUCACAGGAUUUGCCUUCAGCUCCUGCAGAACAGUACCUUCAAGAGAAGCUUCCGGAUGAAGUGGUCCUAAAGAUCUUCUCCUACCUAUUGGAGCAGGAUCUCUGCAGAGCAGCUUGUGUUUGCAAACGCUUCAGUGAACUUGCUAAUGAUCCUAUUUUAUGGAAACGCUUAUACAUGGAAGUAUUUGAAUAUACACGUCCAAUGAUGCAUCCUGAACCAGGGAAGUUCUACCCAAUUAACCCUGAAGAAUAUGAACAUCCAAAUCCAUGGAAAGAAAGCUUUCAGCAAUUGUACAAAGGUGCGCAUGUUAAACCAGGCUUUGCAGAACACUUCUACAGUAAUCCUACAAGAUACAAAGGCAGAGAGAAUAUGUUGUAUUAUGAUACUAUCGAGGAUGCUCUUGGCGGUGUACAGGAAGCACAUUUUGACGGGCUAAUCUUUGUGCAUUCUGGCAUCUACACAGAUGAAUGGAUAUACAUUGAGUCCCCAAUAACCAUGAUUGGUGCAGCACCAGGAAAAGUAGCAGACAAGGUAAUUAUUGAGAAUACAAGAGAUUCCACAUUUGUAUUUAUGGAGGGAUCAGAGGAUGCCUAUGUUGGUUACAUGACAAUACGGUUUAACCCUGAUGAUAAAUCAGCCCAGCAUCAUAAUGCACAUCACUGCUUAGAGAUCACAGUAAACUGCAGCCCAGUCAUUGAUUUCUGUAUCAUUCGAAGUACUUGCACAGUUGGUUCUGCGGUAUGUGUCAGCGGCCAGGGUGCAUGUCCCACUAUCAAACAGUGUAACAUUAGCGACUGUGAGAAUGUAGGACUCUACAUCACCGACCACGCACAGGGGAUCUACGAGGACAAUGAGAUCUCCAAUAAUGCACUAGCUGGAAUAUGGGUUAAAAAUCAUGGCAACCCUAUUAUAAGAAGGAAUCACAUUCAUCAUGGGCGAGAUGUUGGUGUUUUCACAUUUGACCAUGGCAUGGGUUAUUUUGAAAGCUGCAACAUACACAGAAAUAGAAUAGCAGGUUUCGAGGUGAAAGCCUAUGCCAACCCCACAGUGGUGAGGUGUGAAAUCCACCACGGCCAGACCGGAGGAAUCUACGUCCAUGAAAAAGGGAGAGGACAGUUUUUAGAGAACAAAAUCUAUGCAAACAAUUUUGCCGGUGUAUGGAUUACCUCAAAUAGUGACCCAACUAUUAGGGGAAAUGCAAUUUUUAAUGGAAACCAAGGGGGAGUGUAUAUCUUUGGUGAUGGAAGAGGCCUUAUAGAAGAAAAUGACAUAUAUGGAAAUGCAUUAGCAGGAAUUCAGAUUCGUACAAACAGCUGCCCCAUUGUCAGACACAAUAAAAUUCACGAUGGACAGCAUGGUGGCAUCUAUGUGCAUGAAAAGGGACAGGGAGUAAUUGAAGAAAAUGAAGUAUACAGUAACACAUUGGCUGGCGUUUGGGUGACAACUGGAAGUACGCCUGUGUUAAGGCGGAACAGAAUACACAGCGGAAAGCAGGUCGGAGUGUACUUUUAUGACAAUGGCCACGGUGUCCUAGAAGACAACGACAUCUAUAAUCACAUGUAUUCUGGAGUUCAGAUAAGAACUGGAAGCAACCCUAAAAUAAGGCGGAAUAAAAUCUGGGGAGGACAGAAUGGCGGUAUACUUGUAUAUAAUUCUGGGCUUGGAUUUAUAGAAGACAAUGAAAUAUUUGAUAAUGCAAUGGCCGGCGUCUGGAUCAAAACAGACAGCAACCCAACCUUACGGAGAAAUAAAAUCCAUGAUGGAAGAGAUGGAGGAAUCUGUAUAUUUAAUGGAGGCAGAGGACUCCUUGAAGAGAACGACAUCUUCCGAAACGCCCAAGCUGGUGUUCUUAUCAGCACCAACAGUCACCCAAUUUUAAGGAAAAAUCGAAUAUUUGAUGGAUUUGCAGCAGGUAUUGAGAUUACAAAUCACGCCACAGCAACACUUGAAGGAAAUCAGAUCUUCAACAAUCGUUUUGGAGGGUUAUUUCUAGCAUCUGGUGUCAACGUUACCAUGAAAGAUAAUAAAAUAUCCAACAAUCAAGAUGCCAUAGAGAAAGCAGUCAGUAGAGGCCAGUGUUUAUAUAAGAUAUCAAGUUAUACCAGCUAUCCAAUGCAUGACUUCUACAGAUGUCACACCUGCAACACCACAGACCGCAAUGCCAUCUGUGUCAACUGCAUCAAGAAGUGCCACCAAGGGCACGACGUAGAGUUUAUUAGACAUGAUAGGUUUUUCUGUGACUGUGGGGCCGGAACACUGUCCAAUCCGUGUACAUUAGCCGGAGAGCCAACCCAUGAUACAGAUACACUAUAUGACUCUGCUCCACCUAUAGAAUCAAAUACUUUGCAACACAACUGAAUGAACUCCUUUUUGAUGGGAAAGUCCUGCCAUUCUAACCCGUAAAGACUUUUUCUUUGGAGAAAUUGAAAAUUGCCCAUUUGUGCGAGACUUUGAUGUUGAGAUUCUGAAUUUCAACAUGCCAAAAACAAGAGGAAGAGAUGGACGAGGCAAUAUAUUGACUCAGGAUUAAAAAAAAAGGAAGGAAUGGGCUUUUUGUUUUUUUUUUUUAACAUUACUCUGCUAAAGAUGUGCAAGAUGGACAGAAGAAAAGAGAAAUAAGCUACAGUUGUGUACAGGCGCCACCCACUGGUGUUGUUGCGAGUAGCAGCGAGAAAGGCAGUCAAUUGGCAGUCGUACUACAGAUGGGCAGUCAGUGCUGCCUUUAUGGACAUGGGUACCAAUUGCUUUUGUAACAUGGUUAAAUGUGAGCUAGCACUUCUCCAAUUUCUUUUGAUUUUUUUUUUUUAACAUUUAUUCAGAUUGAGAUAUUUUAAUGCUUUAAUCUCAUGUAGUUUUUUUUUAUUUCAAGCAAAACUUUAUUGUACUUGAAUGCGUCCUGUUAGCACACCAUAGACUUGCUGUAAAUUGUACUCAUGUCCCCAGUAUCUACGUUCUUUCUAUGAAAGAGAAAAACACUAAUCUUUAA